AGAGAGGAGGACGGAGCGCAGAGCGCCGCAGCGCGCGCACACAUACACACAUACAUACACACACACACAAACACAAACACAUGGGAGUCAUGGAGAAAAGAUCCGCGCGCAGGAUGACUUUCCCGUCCGGAGGACUGCGGCUGGUGGCGUCGCUGCUCGCGCUGUACGGACUGACCGCAGGUGUAAGCAGCAACCAGGUGGUCGUUCCUGACAAAGUGAAUGCGGUGCUGGGGAAGAACAUCACACUGAGCUGCAGAAUCGAGGUGGGAUCCAACCUCAGCCUCACGCAGAGCUCCUGGGAGCGCCGCCUCCCAUCAGGCACCAUCACCUUGGCGGUGUUCCACCCCGAGUUUGGAACCUCGUAUUCUCAAGACUACGGCAAGCGCAUCGCCUUCGUGUCCCCGUCGAUCCGGGAUGCCACCAUCACCCUCGAGAAAGUCGGCUUUGCUGACGUCGGGUCCUACACCUGUAAAGUGGCCACCUUUCCUCUGGGAAACACACAAGCGUCAACCUACGUGAACGUCCUAGUGGAGCCGAAGGUGUACGUGUCGGCGGGGCCGGCCGCGCUGCUGGACGGCGCCAACGAGUCGCUGGUGGCCACGUGCAUCGCGGAGCGCGGCCGGCCGGCGGCGGAGGUCUUCUGGGAGACGGAGCUGUACGGCCGCACCGACAUGCAGAGCCAGGACGAGCCCAACGGCACCACCACCGUGCACGUGCGCUACCUGUGGCCGCCGCAGAGCUACGCCCAGGGGAAGACCCUCACCUGCGUGGUGCGGCACGCCGCCCUGGCCACCGAGUUCCGCAUUCCGUACACACUCAACGUCCAGUUCGCCCCGGUGGUGUCAAUAAUCGGAAAUGACAAAAACUGGUACGUGGGCCAAACAAAUGUGAGAUUCACGUGCGGUGCCAAAGCGAACCCGCCCGCCCGCCACUUCUCCUGGAUCAGGCUGGACGGACCGGUUCCCGACGGCGUCCAGAUCUCCAACAACAGCCUGUCCUUCACCCGCCCGCUGGGACGCAACGACUCGGCCAUCUACCGCUGCGAGGCCACCAACGACAUCGGCCUGCGCAGCCAGGACGUCAAGCUCUGGGUGCAAGAUCCGCCGCCCACCACGGCCGCCCCCAGCACCGCGGCGCCGCCCCUCCGCCACACCUCCGGGCCCGGCACGGCCGCCGACCAGCGGAGGGCCCCCUUCACGUCCCCCACGCUGGCCUCCCUGCCCGACGGCGGCCUGGGCACCAUCGUGGGCGGGGCGGUGGGCGGAGUCCUCUUCCUGGUCCUGCUGCUGAUCCUGGGCGGCGUCUGCUUCAUGCGCCAGCGCCGGACCUUCCGGGGCGACUACUACACCAAGCAGUACCUGGGACCGUCCGACAUGCAGAAGGAGUCGCAGCUGGACGUGCUGCAGCCGCACGAGCUGCAGGAGGUCUACGGAGACAAGACCAGCAAGGGCAGCCAGGAGCUGAAGCCCAAACUGGGCGGAGACAUCAUUUACCCCGACUACACCCCGGAGCGCAAAGACAGGGACGACUGGGCGGACCGGGGCGACGCCCACCGGGGCCCCAAGGAGGGAAACUACUACCCGGAUCACUACAACAACCAGAACGUGCACCCGUGCGGGCCCCCCGUGCACGGCACCGUCGUGAACAACGGCUCCCCCUACCUGCCGGAGGACUGCUACGACAACGGCACGGACAGCGACUACGUGUCCCACAUGGACGGAUCGGUGAUCUCGCGCCGGGAGUGGUACGUCUGAGGGGCCGGGCGGGCUUCAGGCUUCGCUCGAGGCCGAGUCGCUCCGGUUCAGAGAAUUCAGCCCCGGUGAGACAGUCCUGCUCCGCCCUGACUCCAACCACUCCACCUGAGCAACGCUGCGUCAGACUGUAGGAGGCGCUCCAGGUCCGCCGGACGCCGGCGAGGUUUUGUCCCUGCCUGGUCCUCCUCCCGGGUCAGAGGCGGGGCGUCCAGACCCCCGUCAGUCAAGUAUUUAUGUCCCCCACUGUCUGCUCCCAUGAACAACCUCACUUCUUCUGUGGCUUUUCCGGAGCGGCCUCGUGAUCGCUGCGAGCAUUUUCAUACAAACCGGCGAAACCUUUUCCACAGCUGCGACCGGCAUCUAAAGCAAACUAUACUGCAUGCCUUUUAUACAAACAAUGUGAAAGGGAAAGUCACGAGACGAAAAGGGAGCCUCGCCAGCGUCGUACCGAGGGAGAGGCGAGCUAACGGAUGGAGGACAUGGCAUUAAAACACUGCCCGACAUUUCCUUUUCCUUUGCCAGGCGAACUCAGGUUGUCUUGAUCAGUAAUCUGUUUGGGGAAGCGAGCGCCGCAUGUCGGGAUCUACCUGGUUAGCUUAGCGCCUGUGCUUCCUGUUUCUCAGCCUCCUUCAGUGAAAGCUUUGUGUGUGUGUCAUAAAUAGAUAAUCGUUUUCGUCUUUUCACGUGAGACUUCCUGUUUUCCGGUUUGUGUAAAACUCUGACUCCUCUUGCACGUGCGAGUGUUUCUUUCUCCUUCAUCCGGUAGAAAUUCAAAUACAGCUUUGUAAAUAGACCCUGCCUUGAAUUCUAGUUUCCCUGUUUCUAAUAUACAGAAGGUCAAGAUCACUGGGAUUUAGUUUCACGGAGUCUUUCAGAAAAUCAGUGAUUCGGGUUUAAAUUUAUUCCUGUAGCAGUUCAGGAUGAAACUGACGAGAUUAAAUGUCAGCCGGUAUGUUUUGAUAGAAACUUGCGGAAAAUGUUUUUUGUCUGUUCUUUCUUCUGUCCUUAUGAGUUUUAGUUAAGGAACUCUGACAUGACUACUGAACUCUUAAGAGGCUGAAUUCCUGAUUUAAUGCUGUUUGAAAUUAAAGCCGGCCCUGGUGUUCAGCCCGGUGCUGGAGAGGUGUGUGAUCCAGCCCCGCUGGCGGUUCUGUCAGCUUUCUCCGCUCCCCUCCGCCAUGACGGGCCGUCUUUUCCAUCCAGCGUCCUCCGUCUGUAACUCCGACACCAAUCGCUCACGAUAGCUUCAUUUUUUUAUUUAAUCACAAGAAAGAUGAAAGUGGGGUUUAUAAAUCCCAGAUGUGAGCGUAGCAGCUGUCAACUGACAGUUUUGUGGCUCCAUAAACCGCCGGCAGUCUCGCGAUCAGAAACGGCCGCUCCGGCUUCCUCUGUCUGAAGGAUCUGGAGACGGCGAGCGGCUGACGUCAGGCCGGAGCGGCCUGCAGUCGGGUUUGGCUCCUCGGAGGGCGUACAGCGAUCAUGGAAACGAGAAACCCAAUCCACCAGAAGAAGGAAAAAAGAAAGGCUCUGUGUGCAACGGCUCCCCACAGGAUAGAGAGAUGUACGUCUCUCUUUCCCUGCAAACAACAAAUCCGGCGACUGUAGGUUGAAAGUGAGGCGUUGAGAUCAUCGGUGAUCUCAUGGCUCCCUGCUUGAUUUGACCCCACGCUUUUCCAC